GUCUCCUGUAACAAGGUAAUAAUAAAUAAACAAUGAUGCGGGAUACAAGUUGGAUACCGACUUGGUCCAAAUAAUACAGGAAUGUUUGUAAGACGGUGCCAAUAAAAUGGUAGGAUAUCAUAAAGAAGACACUCUGACGCCAAGCCAAAAGCUGUAUGCUGGUAUAAGUGCUGGAUUUGUGACUCGUUUUGUAACACAGCCUUUAGAUGUUCUGAAAAUAAAGAUUCAAUUAUUAAAAAGAACACCUGAAACCAAAAACUAUACUUUGUCCAGUAUGGCUAAAAAAAUGAUGCAUGAAGAAGGAAUUACUGCCUUUUGGCAUGGCCACGUUCUUGGUCAGAUGCAUUCAAUCCUUUCUUCGACGAGUCAAUUUUUUGUAUACGAAAUGACCACAAAACUAAUUUUUAGCUAUUCUAUAGAUCCGAAGUACAAAACAUUUCUAGAAUUCUUAUGUGGCAUUGCCGCUGGCACCUGUUGCGCUACACUGGUUACUCCUUUGGAAGUAAUACGAGUACGACAAAUGUUGGUAAAGGAACAGUAUGGUGGUUUGUUCCAAGGUGGUAAGAGAGUUUAUGCCGCUGGUGGCAUUCCGGCGUUUUUCGAAGGAUGGACCGCUAGUGUACUUAUGCUGGGACCUCAAGUUGGGAUAACGUUUUCCGUAUUCAGUAUUCUGCAGCCAAUGAUCUUGAACUAUCUUUACAAAUGUAAUGGAGAAUGUACUCAUCCAAAAGCCAAUGCUCACAGGCCGGAACAUAUUGUUCUAGCGUCGUCAGUUGCUGGAUCUAUAUCCGGAACUGUCUCAAAAGUGGCUACUUAUCCUUUAGAUCUAGCGAAACGACGAUUGCAAAUAGCGGUUGUCAUGUCUGAAUAUUUUGGUUUAAUUAGUAUUUUCUUUUUUCAGAGUCACAAGUCCGAAGACAAAAUACAGACCCCGAGUACGUCUAAACAUCUUAUUCGAUGUACAAAUCUAAUACAAUGUGUAACAAAUACUGUUAAAAAGGAAGGUUUCUUCGGAUUAUAUAGAGGUUUACUGGUAACUCUGUACAAAGCUCAGGCCACCAACAUCGUUAUGUUUACGACUUACGAAUCUGUUUGUUUUCUAUUAAGGAAAUAAAUUUUAUAAUAUUGUACUUGACUCGGAAAAUAUUUAUUGUCUCCUUUGGUUUUGGAAGCUCAUGUUUCACCAAACUAAAAUUUGGGACGUUAACUUAGAAA